UCUCUCUUGAAUGCUGUUUUGUCUUGUGUCCCUCGUGGCUCUGUUUAUCCCAAGGAGACAAUGGGCAAGAUUCUGAAAACCUAAUCAGCCUGAGCCAGAGCCCCACAGAACCAGGACCACUGCCAAAUUCACAGCAAUGACAAGUAAGAAUGCCGAUGAAGAUCAGAUCAAGGACAGGCUGGAGCAGAGGAGAUGUCACUUUACAUGGGAUUUGCUAAUUGAAGACACUGAAAUGCCUGAUUUGGAAAACAGGAUCUUGGAUGAGAUUGAGUUCCUGGACACCAAAUACAAUGUGGGAAUACACAACCUACUGGCCUAUGUGAAACACCUGAAAGGCCAGAAUGAGGAAGCCCUGAAGAGUCUGAACUUAAUCCAGCGAGAACAUGCCGACCAAUCAGGCAUGAGAAGUCUGGUUACCUGGGGCAACUAUGCCUGGCUGUACUACCACAUGGGCAGACUAGCAGAAGCCCAGGCUUACGUAGACAAGGUAGAGAACAAGAAGUUUGCAAAUCAGAUGGACUGUGAGGAAGGAUGGGCCUUGCUGAAAUGUGGAGGGAAGAAUUAUAAACGGGCCAAAGCCUGCUUUGAAAAGGCUCUGGAAGUGGACCCCAAAAACCCUGAAUUCAGCACUGGGUAUGCAAUCACCGCCUAUCGCCUGGACGGCCUUAAUGGAGCACCACACAAUAGUGAGGAAAUUUGUCUGAACCUACUAAAACAGGCCAUCAGGCUAAAUCCAGAAGAUGCGUAUAUUAAGACUCUCCUUGCCCUGAAGCUUCAGGAUGUAGGACAAGAAGCUGAAGGAGAAAAGUACAUUGAAGAAGCACAGACCAACAUGUCCUCGCAGACCUAUGUGCUUCGAUAUGUGGCCAAGUUUUACUGAAGAAAAGGCUCUCUGAAUAAAGCUCUCCAGUUCUUUAAAAAGGCCCUGAAGGCAACAACCUCCUCUGCCCUCCUGCAUCACCAGAUAGGGCUUUGCUAUAAAGCACAAGUGAUUCAAAUAAAGAAAACUGUAAACUGGCAGCCUAGAGGACAGGAUAGAGAAAAUGUUGACAGAAUUGCAAGAUCAGCCAUAUCUCAUUUGGAAUUUGCUCUGAAAGAAAAACCCACACUUGAUAUUGCUUAUGUACACCUGGCAGAAAUGUACAUAGAAGCAGGGGACCACAGAAAAGUUGAAGACAUUUAUCAAAAAGUGUUAUGCAUGAACAUACUCCAAGAAGAAAAGCUGCAAAGGAUACAUUUCUCCUAUGGCCGAUUUCAGCAAUUUCAAAUGAAAUCUGAAGACCCUGCAUUUAUCCAUUAUUUAAAAGUAGCAAAAAUAGAAAAGGCAACAUUUGUAAGGGAUAAAAGUAUCAGUUCUUUGGAGAAAUUGGCUCUAAAGAAAUGUCAGAGAAAUCCAUUAGACACAGAAACCUUGAGCAUCUUUGAGUCCAUCCACAAAUUGAAAGGAGAAAUGAAUAAAGCCCUGAGGGUCCUCAGGCUGACUGCUGACUUUGAGAACUCUGUGGGACAUGAUGCCUAGGCACUGAAAUAUUGACCACUUCCCUAUUUCAGCUGAUUUUAGGUUAAUAUGUACUAAUCAUCUUAUCUGCUUGCUGCUUUCAGAUCAGAUUAUGCAAUUCACUGUAAAGAUGUGAUUUUUGAACAAUUACUCAAACCUAGUUAAAUAGGUACAUUCAGAAAAUAGUGAAACAGAAUAUAUUGUCUGUGUGUGUGAGAGAAAGGAAGAGAGAGGGAAUGGAAGCAUUUCUCUGUGAAUGCUAUAUAGUAGAAAAAAACGGUUUGUUGAGUAGAUUUGCAGCAAAUAAAACAAUGGACUUACAUAAAAUAAAAUGUUUAAUUCAUUCAUUUUA